CUGAGCAGGAUCUUGAUUCCAGAGCUGCGGCUGACAGCAAAACUAUAAAUGAAGUUGAAAACAGGGAAACAGACGAUUCGACACCAAAGCUUUACCCUAAUACCCAUUUAAUUGGAGCAUCUACAGAUACUAACAUCACCGUUGAGCCCGAUCAGCUGGAUUUGACAGAGAACACAUGCCCUGUCCUGUCAGAAGCGAUCCCUUCCGAUGAUCUCACUUAUGUCAGUUUGAACAAAAAAGAAGAAAAACUAGAUCUGUCAUCAGCUGAUUUACAAGUUCAUUCUUUAGAGAGUUCGCAACUUGAAAACAUGGAGGCAGAGAAACCUAAUGCUGUUUGCCGGUACCGAUGGACAAAAGCUAUGCUUGUUAACUGCGAUGAUAUUGGAUUUUACCCUUCCUACUCACCGGACACUCCAGUCUUACUAUCUUGGAACGAUAAGACAAUGGCCUACUUCUCCAAUGAGUUGCGAAUACCGGCCGGAGAUUACCAAGGGAAUCUCAUUGUUAAUGGCCAAUUGUACCCGACCGAAGAAUUUUCGGUUAGAUCGUAUACCUUUGAAGUCGAUCUUUACAUGAAAGAUGCAGAUGAAAUAAUGUCUACAGACAACAGACAAGACACAUCAAUGCUUGAGAAAGAUAUAAGUCCUGCUCAAGCUUCAGAUUCUUUGGAGUUUUACCCCAAAUCCUUUCAUGGCCUGGAACAUGUAAACUCCAAAGCUGCAAAAGAAGAUGGUCAUUUAAAUCAUGACAGAGAAAGUGAUGAAAUAUUUGAUGUCCAGAAGGACUGUCAGGAGAAGCCAUCGACAUCUUCUAUUAAAUCAGAUGAUAUAUCUUUAAGCUCAAUGAAAAGACAUUCACCAGUUGGAAAUGACGAUGCAGGCACAUUUUCUGAGUAUAAUUUUGACCAAAAAUAUAAUGUUGGACAUUUAGAAGAGCAGAACACUAAGCAAGAGCAUAAAAUAUCUAAUGGAGCAUUUAUAAAAUCUUCAAUAGAUGGGCUGAAGCAGCCUGGAGCAGGCAUAGAAUUUGUGGAAGAUGUAGUUAGACCAUCUUCAGCACUGUAUUCAGAUGUAAAUUCUAAGACUGGAACACAAGCUGAAACAGAAACUAGGGUACAAAACUCAAGACCCCCAUCUCUUGGUGCCGAUUCUGCUCACAGAUCCCACCAUAAUUUAUUAAAACAUUCACUGUCAAUGGAUUCUAUAUAUGGGCGACCUGAAUCUAAGGCCAGUGACAGGUUUUCCCCAGAUAAUCACAGAAAGGGUGACACCGAUGUCUUGGGACAUCAUUACACAAGUGAUACAGAUCCAGAUAAACCUAGAGCUACCAAAAGUCCUGUUAAUUUUAUGCAAACUACCAUCUCAAAAGAUGGAACCAGCCCAGCAGUGAUAUUAGGACAGGAAUAUUCUAGAUCGACGCCCCAGAGAGAGAUUACCGGUGACAACAUUUAUGAGCAUAGAAGAAAAAGAGCUGAGAGUGGGGAACCCAUUUCUUCUGGCAGUUCACUUAGUGGACGACCACCAAGCCACCCAAGCAGUCGUUAUGGAAGCCAGAAUCCGAGCAGGACCCAAAGUCUUACUAGUGUAAUUAGUGAUCAAGAAUUAGCACAAUUGUUUGAACACUCAGGACCAAGCAGUGCUGGCUCACUGCAGCCUAGAUCUGGUGCUGUAGAUCCCUGCAAUGCAAGAGAAGCUGAGAGACGAUCCACAAGUGCUUCAAACUUGGCCAGUCAGUCUCAGGUGCUGUCAAAUUCUCGGGAAUUUCUUCCUCCAAAAAGUUCAGUGUUAAAUGAGAGGGAGAAACUGAAAGAAACUUAUGGUAGAAGCUCUGACAUGUCUAGGGUCUCAUCACAGGCUAACAGCCGCACAGUUACCCCAGUUUCUUUUGACACUGGAAAUAAAGAAGUCAAUAAUGAUCGUAUCCAAGAUCUAGAAGUAUUAGUUCAAAACCUGAAAAAACUCCUGGCAAGUCGUGAAACUGAAGCUCAUUCUCUGAACUCUCAACUGGAGGAUCUGAAAGAAAUUAACCGGUCACUGAGAGAGGAUCUUGACCACAGGGCAAGGAGGUACACACCUGUUUCCAGUGUACAAGAUUCAUUUGAGUACAAGCAGCUGCAGUCAGAGAAGGAGAUUCUAGCAAGUGAAGUUGUCUCCCUUAGAGCUGAACUGCAGCGACUGAAGAAAGGUCAGACAGGAAGUAGAUAUGGUGUGUCUGGGAUUACCGACUACAGCCCAAACAGUCCUACAGUGUUACAAAGAAAAAUUGUUGACCUUGAAGCACAUAUUCAAGACCUACAUGAGGUGACAGAAGCCACAAACUCCAGUCUAACAAGGGCAGAAGAAAAGUUGAAAAUUUCACAAGAAGAAAAUAAGGACUUGAAAUCAAGACCUUAUAAUAAAAGUGACCUACAGACAGAACUGAGAACACUUAGGGAAGACAUUAAAAACCUGAAUGAGAGAAAUCAAAAGUUGACAGAAGAAAAUCUUUGGCUAAGACAGAGUCAGAAGGAAGCUUCCAGAUUUUCUACAAAAGAGGAGCCAAAGUACAAGUCUGCAAGUUCAGAAUCAAGACAUCAAGUAUCUGUUAAAGAGAAACCACCAGUAUAUUCUAAUGGGGAACACAGACACACUAGUCUCAGAUCAGAUGAUGUCACUGUUAGGCCGACUUCUGCAUACACAAGCAGUCCUGCUUACAGAUAUGGCUCUUCUUCAUUGGCUGAUGGAGUCACAGACCGCAGUCAUGUAGUCUCAUCAUCACCAGUAUCAUCAAAGAAAAUCAGCUAUGAAGAUCAAGAACUCGAGGAGAUCAGACAUGUGAACCAAGCAUAUGAUCUGAACCAGCGUCAUGAAUCUCAGCUUCACCAGUUCAAGCCUAGAAGUGAUUCUUACCACCAUAGAAGUGAUUAUUCCAACAAAAGAACUGAUUCUUCCCAUAAUAGAAAUGAUUAUUCCCACAAUAGGAUGGAUUCUUCCCACCAUAGUAAUUCUUCCCACCAUAGGUAUCAAUCUAGGAGUGAUUCAUCUACAAGAUCAAUAGAGUCAUCAAGAGCUGGUCUUCAGUAUCCUGACAGAUCCAAACCUGAUGGGGAGGUAUCAGAAAAGUCAUACACUGAUAAAUACAUCAGAUCACCAUAUGACAAGCAGCCAUUUGAAGACAGGAGAUCUUAUCUGGAUAAGCACUCCUCAUAUGGGUCUCAAUUUCCCAGAGGGUCAACAGAGAUCUGGUCACAGGAAAGAUUUGAUGGUGACAUGAAGGAGAACAAGUAUGGGUACAUAAAUGAUGGUGUGCAAGAUAGAGAUGCAAGGGUUAAAUCCCUUGACAGAUUGUCUUCUCCUAGAGCUGCAAUUAGUUCACGAGACAUUUACUUAAACUUACAGCAGAAGCGUGCCAACAAGUGGUUGCAACAAGAGGAAAGAAAAGAACAAUUGCCAAGUCUUCAUGACGACAAUGAUAGUGACUCGACCCUGGUACUAAUGGCUGGAUUCACUACUGACCUGAUCAAAGAGAAGGAUGUUUUGAAUCAACCAAGGGCCACAGUCAAAGGAAAAGAGAAAGAGGAUUUAACAUGUGAUAACAACAAGUACAUCAGUGGUAAUUUGGGUCUGAGGCUACAGCAGCCUUCAAGGACGUUUGUGGACAACCCUGGGGAUGAUAGUGACACUGCUACUGACAUUUUAUUAACACAGAAUGUCACUUCUAAAGGCCUAGUGCGUAGAAGAAAAACCUCUCUCGGCUCUGAGGGUUCCCCUUCCUCUCUCAGUGACUUUGAAGAUCAUACAGACACUCUUCUGAAGAGGAGAUCCAAAUCUGUGGAUGCUAAAAGAGGUCAAACAAGACAGGUUUCUGCAAGGCAUCGAAGUGACUCUGCAUCACAAACAGCCACUUCAACUGAGCACAUGAAUGUGGGCUUUCGCAGUGUUAUCCCAACCCCAUUGGUAACACAGCAGAACAAAGGGGAGAUAAUUAGCAAACAUACCUCCCUCUUAAGCAGUUCUCUGACACAAGGUCUAAGGCCUUUUGCUCCACGCUGCCCUGGUGACAUUAGAGUUGAUGAUGUGGUCAAGUUUUCCAGUCAUGGAGGGAAACUGACCCAGGGUGUGGUCAAGUAUGUCGGCCAUUUGCCUGGGAGGAGUGAAACUUAUUUUGGCGUAGAGCUAGACAAAGAUGAAGGAAAGCAUGAUGGCACUUUUGAGGGUGUAAGAUAUUUUAAAUGCAAACCUAACAAAGGAGUUUUUGUAUCCUUCAACAAAGUUGUGAUGGCCUGGGCACCUUAG